UCGGCUCCUCCUCUGUGUCUCUUACAAUCUCUCUAGCUAGCCCCCACCUCCCAACCGUCCUGUGUGACGGCUGGCCUACUGGCCUCGCCUCGCCUCGCCUUUAUAUAACCGCACCCCGCCGAAGGGCUCUGACGUGCUCACAUCGAUCGGUGUCCUAGUGCCAUCAUACUCAGUCCAGAGGCCAUUUUGAGGAGAGAUCCUAGGUAGCGGUGCUCGAUCGGCAGAGAGGUAGAGGAAAGGGAGUGCCUGAGAGGGAGGAGAUGGCGAGCUGCAAGGGUCUCGGCGGGGAGGGGAGCGCGGCGGCGCCGCACGUCCUCGCGGUGGACGACAGCUCGGUCGACCGCGCCGUCAUCGCCAGCAUCCUCAGGAGCUCGCGGUUCCGCGUGACGGCCGUGGACAGCGGGAAGAGGGCGCUGGAGCUGCUGGGCUCGGAGCCCAAUGUGAGCAUGAUCAUCACGGACUACUGGAUGCCGGAGAUGACUGGGUACGAGCUCCUCAAGAAGGUCAAGGAGUCGUCCAGGCUGAAGGAGAUCCCCGUGGUGAUCAUGUCCUCAGAGAACGUCCCAACCAGGAUCAACAGGUGCCUGGAGGAAGGCGCCGAGGAUUUCCUGCUGAAGCCCGUCCGCCCCUCCGACGUGUCGCGCCUCUGCAGCCGCGUCCUCCGGUGAGCACGGCGACGGCGGCACGGCGCGUCCCGGCAUGCGUGCUCGGAGUCUUUUGGGGUGGGGGCAUAUGGAGUGGUAGUAGCAGUAGCGUUCCAAGUAGUAGCAGUACAAGUUGUUAGAUAUGGCCUGGUGCCGUUUGUGUAUGUUGCUCCCCUCGAUCUCUUGCUUCUCUUAGCCUUUUGUCGUGCCAGUAGAACUCGCAGAAUUCAGGCAACACAUCUUGCCAGUAAUGUUCUGUAACCCUGCAUGUUCAGCUAAUCAGUUAGGUAAAGAAAAUAGUUGUGUUCCCU